AACUUUUGAAUUAAAAUAUUUUGUUAAAAUAAAUAACGAUUUUAGAUAUUGUUUAGUUGUGUUGCGAAUCGUUUGCUCGGCGUUUGAGCGGUGAUUGCGAUGAGUGCAGAAGUGAUCGCUGGACUCAAUCUGACGCCCGAACAGCAAAGGAGCGGAGCGUUUGGCAAGAGUCCCAAAUGUGCCCGAUGUAGGAAUCACGGCAACGAUGUCGUCUAUAAAGGUCACAAAAGGAAGUGCCCGCAUAAAGAGUGCAAUUGCAGCAAGUGCAUUUUAGUAGUGGAGAGACAGAAGGUAAUGGCCGCACAAAUAGCACUCAGAAGACAACAACAUCAGGAGGACGAAGAGAGACAAGACAUGGAAGAGGGAUCAACAACUUCUUCGCAGACCAACCACUCGAACGACAAUCAAACAAAUUCACAGCAAAAUAGUGCUAAAAGUAGUGCCAAAAGUAGUGCCAAAAGUAGUGCAAACAGUAGUGCCGACGAAGACAUCACUUUAAUAGACACCGAUUCCGAUGAAGGAAUAGAUUUCAUAAAUGAAUCGUUAGACGAUUCUUAUAAUGAAAUUAUGCCAUCCGUCACCUCUGGUUCUCAUAUACUGAGUCCAUCGCCGACCACAUCUGGUAUAUCAUCCAUUCAAAUGCCACUCAUCAGCCCUUUUGUCAACAGUGAUGCACAAAAGAAUGACAAUUGGAUUAAUAUUAUGAAACGCUUACCCCCUUUGCAACCGAUGAGACCGCCGCCGGUCACCAAAUUAUGUUUGAUAUCUGGUAUAUCAUUCAUACCAAUGAGCAAUAGUUCAUCGACGGGUUCGAGGUCAUUUUUGGUCAAAAAUAGUGCCCCGAGUCAGCCACUCAUCAGCCCUUUUGCCAACACUAAUGUACCAAAGAUUGACAAUUGCAGUGAUAUCAUGAAACCCUUACCCCCUUUGCCACCGCUGAGACCACCGCCGGUCACCAAAGUAUGUUCGUCGACGGUAUCGACGGCCACCACAUCACCGACGAUACCAUUAAUCGAUUUGACCAUCACUUCCGAAACAAACUCCACGUAUAAAAGGGUGUCUCAUAUGGAGGAUCCCAUUAACAUCACAUUAAGCUCAAGACUUAAUGCUAGAAAAAGUUUUAAUACGAAUUAA